AUGAGAUCCCAAUCGCACAGACAAGCCUUGAUGAAGGCUCUUGAUGAUACUUAUGUUCCCGUCGGCACAAACAAUGAUAAUGUGGCCGCUAUGAUUAACCAAGUUAUCCUAGGACAUCGAAUUAGUUUCUGCGACGAUCACUUGCCUUUUGAAGGGAGGUCACUAAACAAGGCAUUGCACAUCACUGUCGUAUGUCGCGAUAAGGUCAUAAAUCGCAUCUCUGUGGAUGAUGGAUAUGGUCUGAACAUUUUCCAGUUGUCGACACUGAGGAAGCUGAGGUUUGACUUGGGGAAGCUGCAACAAAACCAAGUCAAUGUAAGAGCCUUCGACGGAGUACAGAGAGAUACAUUGGGAGCGAAUUUCCAAGGAAUUAUUGAGCCUAUUUUGGUCCUCAUCAAAGGAUCUAUAUAUGGUUUGGGAUACAUCCCCACAGAUGAUGAUAUGAAGACGAAGAUUAAGAAUGAUCAAGCAUUGGCUAAGCAAAUCCCUCUUCUAUAUCGUCAUUCCCAGUCUGAGAGUAUGCCGAGCAUGAUGACUUUGGAGAAGGAAUCUGCGGCCUUUUUGAAGAGAUUGAUGCUAUUAUUGAGGAAGAGUAAUAUAAGUUUUAAACCUUCCAAUGUCAUGUCCUGUCACGAGCUGAACGAACAAAAUGAAGCAGGUGAUGACGAGGUUGAUGAAUACGAAGAGGAAAUUGAGGCAUCGAAAUAUAGAAAAUAUCUAACACAUUCACUCACCGAGUACAUUGAUGUGUUCGUCUGGGAAGUCCGCGACAUGCUGGGGCUCAGUAUCAAUGUUGUGUCUCACAAAAUGCCGAUUAAUUCAGGGUUCCGUUCAGUGAAGCAAAAGGCUCGGAAGUUCAAUCCUAAAUUGAGUAUAAAGAUUAAAGAAGAGAUCACCAAGAAGAUCGAGUCUCGAUGGGUGGAAGAGGAAGAUGCAGAAAAGAAAAUAUUUAUCACACCUUGGAGUGUAUAUCAUUACAGGGUGAUGGCAUUUGGCCUCAAAAAUGCUGGAGCUACCUAUAUGAGGGAUAUACUGACUAUAUUUCAUGAUAUGACUCAUAAGGAGAUUGAGGUGUAUGUCGAUGACGUCAUAAUCAAGUCCCGCGAGAGUUCGGAUCACUUGACGCACUUGAAGAAGUUUUUUGACCGUUUGUGGCGUUACAACUUGAAAUUGAAUCUCGCUAAAUGUUCUUUUGGAGUGACAGCCGGCAAGAUGUUGGGAUUUAUAGUCAGCAAAAGAUGUAUUGAUCUCAAUCCAUCCAAGAUUAAGGCGAUUCAAGAUUUACCUCCUCCAAGGACUAAGAAGGAGAAGGCGAUAAAAGCACAGGCCUUGGCUGAUCAUCUUGCAGAAAAUCCUAUUGAUAAAGAAUAUGAACCACUCAAGACGUAUUUUCACGACAAAGAGAUAUCGUUUGUGGGUAAAGAUAUUUCUGAAAUAUAUCCUAGUUGGAGACUAUUCUUUGAUGGAGCAGAAAAUCACAAAGGUAAAGGCAUCAGAGCGGUCUUAGUGUCAAAAUCCGGUCAACACUAUCCUAUGGCAGCUAAACUUUGA